GAGCUGUGUGUUCUCAUGCGAACGGGAAGGAGCGUUGGGGAUCCGGAGUCCCGAGCUUGAGACAUUUUCGGGCCCGAAAGGGGAAGAAGCCGCCGCCGCCGCCGCCAGCCGCGCCCGCCCUUCUCCCCUGCACCGGCCCGGCCCGGCCGCGCCGCCUCUUCCUGCCGUCUCCCUCCUCGGCCGUCCCCGCGUGUGGCGCGGCCGCCGGGCACCGGGGCUGCGGCGAGGAGCCCGCGGGCGGCCGGUCGGGCGGGGCGGGCGGCGCUGACAGCAUCUGAGGUUGGCGUCACCCUCCUCCAGUGGAGCCCAUGACUUCUGAUCAGGACGCUAAAGUUGUGGCUGAACCGCAGGCACAGAGAGUCCAGGAGGGCAAGGACAGCGCUCGUCUGAUGAAUGGUCCUGUAUCUCAGACCACUCCUCAGACGAGUUCCAUCCCAACGUUGAGUCAGGUGCCAGCCAAGGUUUCGGAGCUAAACCCUAACGCAAAGGUAUGGGGGACCCACGUGUUACCCGUGGCAGCAAGUAGCGCGGCGGAUGGCGUGAGCGCUGCGUGGGAGGACCGUGGCCCGCAGGGAUUGGAUGCCAGCUGUGAUGGUGACAACAGCCAUGAGAAUGUGGCGGUGCUGGACGCACAGGAGCUGGGGCAGACAGACAUGAGCACAGUGGCUCUGGAUCCCUCGGAGUACGAGUCUGCACCUGAAGGCGGCGAAGCGGGAGGAAAUGAGUCUCAACCAGAAAGCCAGGAAGACCCCCGAGAAGUACUUAAGAAAACAUUGGAAUUCUGCUUAUCUAGGGAGAACCUUGCUAGCGAUAUGUAUCUUAUAUCACAAAUGGAUAGCGAUCAGUACGUGCCAAUCACGACGGUAGCUAACCUUGACCAUAUCAAGAAACUCAGUACUGAUGUGGAUUUAAUUGUUGAAGUGCUAAGAUCUUUACCUUUAGUCCAAGUGGAUGAGAAGGGAGAAAAAGUACGGCCAAACCAAAAUCGCUGCAUAGUGAUUCUGCGUGAAAUAUCUGAGUCUACCCCUGUGGAAGAAGUAGAAGCACUAUUUAAAGGAGAUAAUUUACCGAAAUUUAUAAACUGUGAAUUUGCCUAUAACGAUAAUUGGUUUAUCACAUUUGAGACAGAAGCUGAUGCACAACAGGCUUACAAAUACCUUCGAGAAGAAGUGAAAACUUUUCAAGGAAAGCCAAUUAAGGCACGGAUAAAAGCAAAGGCAAUAGCUAUAAACACAUUUUUGCCAAAGAACGGAUUCAGACCUCUGGACAUGCACCUGUACACGCAGCAGCGCUACACGGCGUCCUUCUACUUACCUCCGGUGUACAGCCCCCAGCAGCAGUUCCCCCUGUACAGCCUGAUCGCGCCCCAGGCCUGGUCGGCCGCGCACAGCUACCUUGACCCCCCCUUGGUGACUCCAUUUCCAAAUGCUGGAUUUAUAAACGGGUUCACGUCCCCCACGUUCAAGCCUGCGGCGUCUCCGCUGACCUCGCUCAGACAGUAUCCUCCCCGGAGCAGGAAUCCCAGUAAAUCUCAUCUGCGCCACGCGGUUCCUAGUGCGGAAAGAGGGCCCGGGUUGUUAGAAAGCCCUUCGAUAUUUAACUUCACUGCGGAUCGACUGAUUAACGGUGUCCGGAGCCCGCAGACAAGGCAAGCAGGUCAAAGCCGAGCGCGGGUGCAGAACCCGUCCGCGUACGCCAAGCGGGAGGUUGGCACCGGGCGCGUGGAGCCCAGCAGCCUCGAGUCCUCGCCCGGUUUAGGGAGGGGAAGGAAGAAUUCCUUUGGCUACCGGAAGAAAAGAGAGGAGAAGUUUACAAACAGCCAGACGCAGUCUCCAACGCCACCCAAGCCUCCGUCACCAAGCUUCGAGCUGGGGCUGUCCAACUUCCCCCCGUUACCUGGAGCUGCCGGCAACUUGAAGACAGAGGACUUGUUUGAAAACAGGCUAUCCAGCUUGAUAGUAGGAGCAGCAAAAGAAAGGAGCCUUGGUGCAGACGCAAGUUCCAACACUAUCCCUGUAGCUGUCCCCAGAGAGCCCCUGGUGCCGGCUUCCUGCGCUGUGUCGGCGGCGUUCGAGCGAUGCCCCUCCCCGGCCCACCUGCCCGAAUGUCGCUUUUACAGGGACCCCAAGGCGGCAGAGAAGCAGCGGGAAGCCCACAGUGUGGACAGGCUUCCUUCAGGCCUCACCACAACCGCGUGUAAAUCCGUGCAGGUCAACGGAGCGGCCACGGAGUUGCGGAAGCCCAGCUAUGCAGAGAUUUGUCAGAGAACGAGUAAAGAGCCCCCCUCUUCCCCCUUGCAACCCCCGAGAGAACAGAAAGCAAACGCUGUGGUCUGUGGGAAGGAGGAGAAGCCGCUCGUGGAGCCUGUGGAGAGACACCGGGAGCCACCAGCCCUCAAGUCCGCGCCAGGAGCCCCCAGAGACCAGAGGCGGCAGCCCGGGCGCCGGCCCUCCCCCCCGGCCCUGGGGAAGCGCCUCAGCAGGGAACAGAGCACCCCCCCCAAGUCUCCUCAGUGAGAGCCGUAUGUCUGGGGGGCUGCAGAGAGCUGUGGUCGCCACACACGAAAUACUCUUCCCACUCAGUACGAGAAUGAGUUGCUGGUUAGGAGCUUGCAGUGUUUGAGGCCUGUGGGAUCCUGCAAGUUAUUUUUCUUCUGUGAGUCGGAUUCUCCCCCUCUAGGAAAAAAAUCUAUUUUUCAGGAUUUAAUUGAUAUAAACCUUAUUUUAGGUUGGUGCUUAACUGGAGGUGAUGCAUAAGUCAGAUUUUUUUUUUCCAGGAUAGAAAAUGCAUUUAUCCUGACAAAUUGGUAUUUUUUAUUAAGCCUCCAUGUGGCUCUGAGUGCAAGCAUACAGUGAGUUUUUCUAAAUUAAGGAAUGAUGCUACUUCAUAUUUCAGUAACUGGUGUGCAGGUGCACAUGUCGAGGGAGCCCCGGCGGGAGGUGAGGGCCGAUGGCUCCAGUGGAGGCAGGGGUGGCUGAGGAGGAGGGGCUGGAGCCGGCAGGGCACCCGCAGGGGCGCGGGGGCUGUGCUUGCAUCGGAACCGUGCCGGGGACUCUAGCCUUUAAACACGGUAGAGUCCUUUUUUGAUAUAGUAGCAGAAUGAACCUGCAGAGAGCACCUAGGGAGACCCGAAACCUUUGAGUUUGAUGUACUGCAAGCAAGUAACCAGCUUCUCACUCCAGUUUCAAGUGGCUAUUAUGUAAAAUAAAUUCAAAGCACAUUGUGAAUAGAACCUAAAUGAAAAUACAAACUUUGUUGCCCACUGACAUGUCACCAGAAGUUGUACCAUGAUGUUGUUUUGACCCCUGUGAGCUCCCGUGGCGACGCCUGCUCCGUGCACAUGUUGUCCGUGUCCCCCCCGCACCUGUUGGAGCGAGUCCACGUCCCAGCCAGCUCCCUGUGGACGUCUUCCUGCUCCUCUGCAUCGGCACGUGGUUAGUCAGUAAUCCUGCGAGAAUGGUGUUUGUGGUUCCCCCUCUCUGGCUGGUGGAGGACAAAAAUCCCCGCUCUUUUACCUCUAAGACGAGGGUCUCGUUGAUUCGCUUCUAGAAGUGCUGCACUUCUGAAGAACAAGGAUGCACUAAAGUUAGCAAGUUUAUAAUAAAGUUAAAUAUAAAUUAUUUUGUUUUAAAAUGCCUAAAAUUCUUCUUUAAGUAUUCUAAGCAGCAAACAUUAAAAUAAGAAUAUUUCCUGCUAAAUGUAACCAUACAGUUUAUUCCACAAAAUGUUAUUUAACAAGACUGAGGGGUUUUUUUAAGAAAAGAAUUAUUUCCAUCCAAUAUUUAAAGACUUGAAUUUUAUUUAAACUUGAAAAUGACUUUGCCUUAACUUUUGUAUGAGACAGCUUCGCGUCCAUGGAGCCCGGCCCGGGCUGGCGCACGUAGCCGGCCGCUCGGUCGUGUGGGCCUGUCGCUGGUUUCGCUGAGUAGGCGUCUGUAGUGCAAGGACUAGCCGUUGUUUGUAAUAUACCUUAGAGAUCUUAAACAGUUGAUCUUUUUUCAGAUUGUUGGAAAUCCUGUAAAUGCAAUUAGUCGAUACUGUAUUAAAUACGUGCACUUGCGAGUGUGCUCGGCCUGUACAGUUGUACAUAAUCAGAACAUAUUAAAAAGGUACCCUACAGAGAAAAAUCUGAUAAAAAUUAUUGCUAUAUUAUAAAUGUUGCUGUUGAGCUGGAUGUAGAUAAACUAAAUGUUGUGGUUUGAAUAUUAUUUUAAUUUGUUGAAAUUUUUUUUUCUUUUUCUCUGAUACUGGUGUGUUGAACUGAUGCCUCUUUGCUGCAAAAGGGAAAUGGAAAGUCUGUUAAAGGCCUUCAAAUGUUUCCAUCAGCUUUUUAAAAGUAUGUAAAUACAUACUAAUCAUAUCUAAUGUGAACCAGUUUUAAAGUAAAAUAUGGAAAGCAAAAACUGGCAGGAUCUUCAACUGACGGUAAAAAUUAUCUCCUAAUUAAAAUCGUAAGUAGCCAAGCGAGGUUUGCUCUGCCUGGCGUAGCUGACCAUUUCCUUCCUGUCAGUUGCCGUUAGUCAAACGUACAGAAACACAACUGCUGAUAUCUUUCAAAUGCCUGUUAGAGGAAUUUGGGAACUUAUUUCUUUGUUGUUGUCAGAUCACUGACCAAAAAAGUCAGAGGUAAUUGACCUCUGAACCCCAAACUAAUGGACACAGGGAAGGCAGGGAAGGCGACUCAGGCCUGGGCACCCCCCGUGGCGCGUCUUUGCCAGGGACGGCCGGGGCACUGUCAGCCGCCCUCAGUCCCAAACCACAGCGCCUGCCCGCCGGCCAAGCAAGGCCUUGGUUUUUAAUAACGAGAGACCCUUUCCCCACGAGUGUGAGCAGAGUGCAGCACGGGUGUGUGUGGUUGGAGCCACGUCGGCCUCACGGCCGCCCGCAGGAAAGCAGGGCGGGCACAGUGGCAGUUGUCAAGGGUGGCGCUGCGGGCGCUGCCCAGCCAGCGACAGUCUGUUGCAUCAAGAGCUGCAGCUCCGCUUGGAUGUGAUUUUUAUAGCAUUCUUUUUAAUUAAGCAAAGGUGACAUGCCAAAAAGCUCUAUAAUGUCAAAAAACCUUUCUCAUAUUACUUUGAGAUUCUCCACUCAGAAGAAGACAGGAGUUAUCACACAGAAAGUGUGGCAGCACCGGCAGACUGCUCUGUCACAUGCACCGGGUGACAGUGGCUUUCGCACAUUUUCUUUUUCAGUUAACUCCUUCCUGUCCCCCAGCAAUGACAAAUGACAUCUUAAAAUCAUAAAUUCAUGUGAUGAUUCUUACCAUGUGGAGACAGUGCAAGUGAAAUCUGGCCCUGUUGCUUCAGACAGGAAUUCCCGGUAGAGGAGCCGCGCGCUCGGGUCGCUGUCCUGGCAUUUUCCACCAGUCACCCUGUCGCUGCGUCACUGGCUGCUCCUAGCAGGUGGCAGGACACGUCCUACAUUGCUGUCGUAGGAUUUCUGCAGUUUGUUUUAAAAGCUGGCUCAGUGCACGCCUGUCCGUGUGCCCCUCCGGCGAGCUGUGGUCACAGUGUGCUCGGCGCUGCAGCGCAGACGGACCGCACGACGGCCGCCGCCAGGCCGUGAGUGGGAGUGUGACGUGGACGCGUUCUGAGAGUUUUGUUUUUGUUGUACUUUUUUUUAUUGAGACUGGAAUCAAGCUUACAUGUAAACUAUUGGUAAUUUAAGUUUCCUUUUGUGUCAUUCAGUGUAAAAAUGUCUAAUUUGAAAAAAAAUGUAGGUAAUGAAAAAUAAAGAUUUAGGCACUGUUCAA